AUGAAGAGUAAGUCGUCAGGAAAUUCUGAGAAAAUGUUCUUGCUAGAUUAUAUUGCAAACUCAAUAACAGAGUUUAAGUAUGAACCAGACAAAGGGGUUACCUUUGAGGCGUACUAUAGAAGAUACAAACAAAUCUUCAAUAAAAAGAGCAAAGAUUGGGAUGAUGAUAUGAAAAUGCGUUUAAUCUUGAGAAAACUGGCAGCUAAACAUGAACAUUACAGCAAUUAUGUACUCCCGAGAAAACCUUCUGACAUAAACUUUAAAGAUACAAAAGACAUGUUGUAUAAAAUUUUUAGUGAGGAAAGCUUAUUGUUCAAUAUACAUUGGAAAUGUUUGAGUCUAGAAAAGAACAACAAGGAUGGCUACAUCACAUAUUCUUGA